AUGAAAAGUAGAAGCUAUACAUGCGCGAUAUUGACCAUUAUGGGUUCGUUAUUCUUUCUCAUGAUGGUGCUGUACGGCGUCUUUAACCCUCAGCAAGCAGCUUUCAAGUCCGUCCUCAUACAGGACUAUCAGCUGCUGGGCAGGCCACUGUACAAACUGGACCUGAACUGGCCCAGAAACCCGGAACUCUUCUCUGGGACUGUGUUUGGAGUGGCUGUUAACCAGUAUGCUGGUGUGGUGUACGUGGCACAGCGAGGUGACAAUGUGCCCAAGGUGCUAGUGUUUACAACAGAGGGCGAUUUCCUCAUGUCCUGGAAUACAACUACCUUAGAGAUGCCCCAUGGCAUAUUUUUAGCAGAUGCAAUGUCAAACCCAACUGUCUGGAUCACAGAUGUGGGCAAUGGUCCAUAUGGCCACUGCAUCAAACAGUACUCACCAUCAGGCAAUCUUCUGCAGGUGCUGGGCACCCCAGGAGAAGCUGGCUCUGGGCUUAAUCCUCUGCAGUUUGACCAGCCAGCUGAGAUCGUCGUCCAUGACUCCGGAGAAAUGUACAUCGUGGACGGUGAUGGUGGCAUGAAUAAUCGUCUCAUCAAAUUAUCCAAAGAGCAGGAAGUUCUGUGGGUACACGGAGAAAAGGGACAAGGCCUGGCUCAGUUCUACAUCCCUCAUAGUGUGACUAUCGACAAUGCUCAAAGGGUAUGGGUGGCUGAUAGGGGAAACAAGAGGAUCCAAGUCUUCAAUUCCCUUACAGGUGACUGGCUGGGAUCUUGGGGAAGUUGCUUCACUGAGGAUGCGCCCUACUCAGUCCGGCUAACACCCGAUAAGAAAUAUUUUGUCGUAGUCCAGCUCAACACCAACCAAAUUUCACUACUGGACGCACCACCGGUGGGUUUAAUCGGCCAGUGCAAAGUGGUCAGUGUCAUUCAAUUGGCUGAUGAAGUCAAACCCCAUUUGGUUGACUUGGACUUGAAGUCAGGAGCACUGUAUGUGGCUGAGAUUGGUGCUCAGCAGGCGCAGAAGUUCACUCCCUUCAGUCUAGGUGGGAGCUUUUGA